UUGAAAGCAACUAAAUUAUAACUUUAAGUUUUUACUCUUUCCCCCUCAUACACACACACACAAGACUCACAACUAUGAACUCCUUCUCCGUGUUCUUAGUGUUGGCUUUGGCCGCACUAACCGUAGCAGAACCUCCAUCGGGUUAUAAUUAUCCACGCGGCGGAGGUGGCGGUGGUGGUGGCUUCGGUGGCGGCGGUUUCGGUGGUAGCAGCUUUGGAGGCAGCAGUUUUGGUGGCGGCGGUGGUGGAGGCUAUCAAGCCGUUAGCGGUGGCUUCCAAACCAAUGAAGGUCAAAAUGUUGAUCCCCAGCUCUUGGAGCAAGUGCGCCAAAUCCUCUUGCAAGAAGAAAGCAAAUCUGGUGGUGGUGGCGGCGGCGGUGGUGGUGGCUAUCCCAGCUCACCAUCUGGCUCCUAUGGACCCCCUUCAUCGCAAUACGGCGCACCCUUUGGCGGUGGUGGUGGUGGCCGCGUUGUUGGCAUUGAUUUGGAAGGUGUUCGUCAGGCCAUCCAAGUGGCCCAAUUCGCCCAACAAAGCACACAAGCUGGCGGCGGUGGUGGUGGCGGCUUCGGUGGCUACCCCAGUGCUCCUUCGGGCUCUUAUGGUGCUCCAUCAAGACCCAGCGGCAGCUAUGGUGCCCCCUUCUAAGCCCCAAACCGAGUUUAGCUUUUUAGCAUAAUGUAGUUAACAAAUCAAUCAAAAAUGAAACAAGUUCAACAAAAACAACAACAUCAAUGAAAUGCUGCCAAAUAUUCGAAGAAUUAGACAGACCAUAAAGCGCCGAUUGAGAAAAGAAAAGCACACUCACCACAAAUCCCACAGACAAAACGAAUGGAUUACAAAAGAAAACCCCCCGCCCCACCCAAAGCCAUGGAUUUCAAUGCAAUGCCACCAGCUAGACACCACAGAGGAUUUGCAGAAAAUAUCGCCUACGGAGAAGUGAUGUUCAAGUCGAAACAAACGGAUACAGCCGAAGAAUGCACCUACACUAUCCCAAUAACAAAAAAAAAAAAAAAGUGGAUACAGCCAUGACCCGGAAGUUAACGUUUGUUUGUAGCUGGUGUUUGUGAUGAUUUUGUUGUGUUGUUAAUCCAUUUGUUAAGAAAAACAAAAAACCAAAAGAAAACCCUUGCCUUUAAUAGGUCAAGGUUGUUCUUUUAAAUUUCCGUUUUUCCAGACAAAUUGAAAAAUUGUCUCCUCUCUCU